AGAGAGAGAGAGAGAGACAGAGAGAGAGAGAGAGAGAGAGAGAGAGAGAGACAGAGAGAGAGAGAAAGAGAGAGACAGCGACUGGCGGAUUACACACAGCACCAGACACGAGGCUUUGGAGGAUGCAGGAACAUGAACCAUUUACUGCUAAGACAGUCGGUUGAUUGACAAGCCCGUCGUCCAAUCAAAUCGUCGCCAUGAUCGCCACGGGCGGCCUGCUGCGUAUGAACCGGCGCCAAGACUCCCAGCGAUCUAAGAACCACGCUGAGAACCAGAGGAAGAGGAAACAAGCAGAGAGGAAGAAGAGGAAUGAUGUGGUAGUGGUGAAGGGGAAACUCAACCUGUGUUCCCCAUCUGGGCUGGUGGCUGCGGUGGGGGUAGUGGUGUUGAUGCUGGGGAUAGCCAUGGCUGUACUGGGCUACUGGCCACAUGAAGGCCACAGCCAAGGGUAUGCAUCCGGGGUAUCACCAUGGGAGGAGCGGAGAGACAACGGCAGGAUGAGCUACUCCAAGAGCCCCCUGGUGUCUGUCACCUGGAGCAAUAACAAGGAUAACAACACAGCCAACCUGACUGUUGGGGAGUUGACCAACCAGACUGUUGGGGAGUUGACCAACCAGACUGUUGGGGAGUUGACCAACCAGACUGUUGGGGAGUUGACCAACCAGACUGUUGAGGAGUUGACCAAACAGACUGUUGGGGAGUUGACCAACCAGACUGUUGGGGAGUUGACCAACCAGACUGUUGAGGAGUUGACCAACCAGACUGUUGAGGAGUUGACCAACCAGACUGUUGGGGAGUUGACCAACCAGACGAGUGCUGAGUUGACAAAUCAGAUGAGUGAUGCUAUGAAUGGAAGUGUUCCUCAACCUGUAUCUGUGUCGACAAGUCCCCGUCCUCCCUCAGGGGGGUUUCUCUCUGAUUUCCUGGACAGCUACCUCUACUCAGACAACUUGAAGGUGUUUGGGCCCUUAGUGAUGGGGAUUGGCAUCUUCCUCUUCAUCUGCGCUAACGCCGUGCUUCACGAGAACAGAGACCAGAAGACCAAAGUCAUCAACCUCAGAGAUAUCUACUCCACGGUCAUCGACCUCCACAUCACACGGACCAAGGACCACUCGCCGAUUAACGGACUGGUGAACUAUGUGCAGUCCAGGGGCAGUGUGGACAUAAAUUCGGGUUCGUUCCAUCCUGGCGAGAUGCUAGAGCACAGUCCUUGGCCCUCCACUACCGUAUCAAGCCACCAGGGGGAGAUAGGUAGCAGUGAGCAGCAGUAUAGACGACCGUCAGUGGCGGGCCGGCAGCGGAGCUGGUCCAGAGACAACCAGACGUUCACGGAAAGUGUGUAUAGCAUCUACAGAGACCAGAAGCGCAGGUGUUCAGAGCAGACACCCUACCCCAGACAGUGGGACUCAGAGCAGACACCCUACCCCAGACAGUGGGACUCAGAGCAGGCCUCGUGCCCCAGGCAGUGGGACUCAGAGCAGGCCUCGUACCCCAGGCAGUGGGACUCAGAGAAGGCUUCGUACCCCAGACAGCGGGACUCAGAGAAGGCCUCGUACCCCAGGCAGUGGGACUCAGAGCAGGCCUCGUACUACAGACAGCGGGACUCAGAGCAGGCCUCGUACCCCAUGGAGUGGGAGGGUACAGCAUCCAUUGUCAGUUCUUCUUUUAACGUCUUCACCCUCCCGAUCAUCACACUUAACAACGGUGCAGUGGAGGAGGGGGGACAGGAGGGGGGACAGGAGGGGGGACAGGCCGAGAGAGAGGAGGAAGUGAUUACAGAUGUCAAGGAUUUUAGUGGAAAUGGGAUUGAGCAAGAGCAAGUAGCAGGUUAUAGUCAAAGUCUGGAUAAUACAGAGAAUAAUUCUUCAAGGAGGACCUCGAUGAAUCCCCAAGAAUCCUAUAGUCAAUGUCUGGGUACUAAAGAGAAGGAUUCUUCAAGGAGGACCUCGAUGAAUCCCCAAGAAUCCUAUAGUCAAUGUCUGGGUACUAAAGAGAAGGAUUCUUCAAGGAGGACCUCGAUGAAUCCCCAAGAAUCCUAUAGUCAAUGUCUGGGUACUAAAGAGAAGGAUUCUUCAAGGAGGACCUCGGUGAAUCCCCUGGAAUAUGAGGGUGGUACCGUCAUGACCCUAACUGAACCAGAUGAGGCGCUACAAGGACAGACCCCCACCCCACAGGGCCCCCAGCUGUUCCCUCCUUCUCCCGUUUUCAGGGCGACGACGGGGAUGGGAUCUCGCCUGUCACUCAACUCCCUCUCCAGCCCAGGGGUCGACCAGCCCCAGUCGGCACGACGAUGCAGCCUCACCGUGGCCGUCUGUCGUCAAGGCGACCGGGCUCGUCGGUUCAGCUGUACGCGUCUGGAGCGUUCGAACAGUAAGGGAUACAUCAAACUGGAAACCGUGGACGGAGAUUCCUUCGAGGUACCAGAUGUAGUGACUUCCUGUGUGCCUGACUCGAAUCAGGAAGAAGAAGUAGUAGCAGACGAGGUAGCAGAAGCAGCUCAAGGAAAAAGGGAGAGGGUGACUGUCACCCUUAGCUCUUCUUUAACAGAACUCUAGACAGAUCUGUCUCAAUCGUCACGUCGAUCUCUUCAGACAGUGAUCAAAACUAACCAAUAGAGUCAAGGUACAGCCAAAAGGAACUCAGGAGAGGAGAAUCAAAUGAACUCACAACAAAUCAACUCUAGACAGAUCUCUACACAGAACUCUAGAACUAUCUCUUUGUGUCUCAUCAUUGUAGAUGGAUGUCAUAGUUAGUGGAAGACAGGGAUCAACACUGACCUAUAGAGUCAAGGUGCAGCCAGAAGGAUGUCAGGAGAUCAGGGAGAAGGAGAGGGAGAGAGAGAGAGGGAGAGAGAGAGAGAGAGAGACAGA